UGCCUGCAAUGGCUGUGCGGAAAGUGGUAACCGAUUAUGAGUCCCCUGUGUGGCAAGCCGUCCGUCAAAUUUUGCCUGGUGUAACGAUGACCGGCUGCCUCUUCCAUUACACACAGGCUGUGUUCCGAAAGGUUCAAGAAUUUGGAUUACAACGGGCCUACCGAUUUGACGCUGCUACACACAUGAUAAUCAGACAGUUGAUGGCUUUGCCCACGCUCCCAGUAGAGCAUGUUGCUCCUGUCUUUCAGCGUCUUGAGGAUUCCUCGGCAGAUGUCCCUGCGCUGCAGCAAAUUAUGACUUACAUGCGAUCGUUCUGGUUAGAUGGUACUGUUUUCACACCUCGGGAUUGGGUCAUAUACAGACAGACGAUCCGGACUAACAACGAUCUUGAGGGAUGGCAUCACCGCCUUAACAGGAGAGGCAAACGUGCUAAGAUUCCAUUCUACAUGCUCUGCACUUUACUCUACGAGGAAGCCCUCACUGUAUCCAUCAAUGUUGAGCUAAUCUACAGAGAAGACCAGCUCCGUGUUGAAAAGAAUGGAUGCCAAUCAGCCACCGCACGAUUGGUUGCACUUUGGGAUGAAUAUCGUGCCG